CGGGAAACGUGGCCAUCCUCACUCUCCCCUCUCCUCCUCCCGUCUUCUCCUCUCUCUCCUCCUCUUCUCCACUUCAUUCCACCUCUCCCGACGCCUCCGACCUCGCCGCGGAAAGCUUCUCCAUCGAUCGAUCUCUCCUCUCUCUCCCGCGGGGGCUCUCCGGCGCACGGUGCCCUCUCGUGCCUCGGAGACCCCGAUCCGCCGCCGCCGCCGCCGCCGCCGUGCCUGAGUAGUACAGUCUUGUUGUCGAGGUGAGGUGAGUGGUGGGAGGAGAAAUGGACACCGGGAUGAGGGUGGCGCUGCACCGGCAGGUGUCGUCGGGGUCGCUGAAGGAGAGCGGGGAGCUCCGGCGGCAGUCGUCGCUGGAGUCUCCCCGGACGGGGAGGGCGGCGACGAGGUUCCUGUUCGGGAGGCAGUCGUCGAUGGACCCGAACCGGCGGCGCGGGCGGAGCCAGAGCCCCGUCGGCCUCGCCGAGGACCUGACCGUGCCGGACAACCUCGACGCCACCAUGCAGCUGCUCUUCCUGGCCUGCCACGGCGACGCCGCCGGCGUCGAGGCCCUGCUCCGCGGCGGCGUCGACGUCAACAGCAUCAACCUCGACGGCCGCACCGCGCUGCACAUCGCCUCCUGCGAGGGCCACCCCGACGUCGUCCGCGUGCUGCUCACCUGGAAGGCCAACAUCGACGCCCGCGACCGGUGGGGCAGCACGGCUGUAGCUGAUGCCAAGUGUUAUGGCCACACGGAGGUGUACAAUCUUCUCAAGGCUCGUGGUGCAAAGAUCCCGAGAAACAGGAGGACACCGAUGAUGGUGUCGAAUCCUGGGGACGUACCAGAGUACGAAUUGAACCCUAGUGAGCUCCAAUUCAAGAAAGGGGAUGAGGUGGUCAAGGGCGUGUACCAAGUUGCCAAAUGGAAUGGAACCAAGGUUCAUGUUAAGAUACUUGAUAGAGAAUGCUACUGCGAUCAGGAAGUCAUAAACUCUUUCAGGCAUGAGCUGACCGUAUUGGAGAAGGUCCGGCACCCGAAUGUUGUUCAGUUCGUCGGAGCCGUCACUCAGAACAUACCUAUGAUGAUUAUUUCUGAAUACCUCCCAAAUGGUGAUUUAUCAAGCUGUAUUCCGAGGAAAGGAAAGCUACAUGGUCAGAAGGUUCUAAAAUAUGGCCUUGAGAUCGCCAGGGGCAUGACUUAUCUUCACCAGUGCAAGCCAGACCCCAUCAUCCACUGCGACCUAAAGCCAAAAAAUAUCUUCCUGGAUAGUGGAGGCCAACUGAAAAUCGCAGGAUUCGGUCUGACGAGGCUGUCGAAAAUCUCUCCUGGCAGAGUGAAACUGGCCGAUCAUGAGUCCAUGGUUGACAGCUUCAGUCACUACACUGCACCUGAGCUGUACAGAAACGAAAUAUUCGACGCAAGCGUCGACGCCUUCUCAUUUGGUUUCAUCCUCUAUGAGAUGGUUGAAGGAACACACACUGUACAUGGGAAGUCAUCAGAGGAAUCUGGCCACACAAUUCGAUAUGAUGGGAUGCGUCCAUCGCUGAAGAACAAGCUCAGGGGAUAUCCUCCAGAUUUCAAAGCGCUGAUCGAAGAAUGCUGGGAUACUCAGGGUAUAGCAAGGCCAACAUUUUCAGAGAUAAUCAUCAGGCUCGACAAGAUAUACGCCCAGUGCAUGAAGCAAGGGACCUGGAAGGACUCGCUAAAGAUUUGGUCCGUAUCUCGGCGAUUUAAGAAUAUCAGAUCUAAGCAUUUCAGAACCAAAAAGAGAGUCCAUGUCGCAAUGUGAAAACAUAAUUGGAGAUGGUAUGUCAUCAUAUUGUUUCAUGGGAUUAAUUAGCGACUGAAACAUUUCUUCUGCAUUGCAUUUGCACUUCUUUUUUCUACAGGAAAUGACACGUGUGGGCUAAGCUGCAUGAACGCCUUCUUGUGUACAUAUCACUGCGAAGCAAAUGCGUCACUCUCUGUGAAGAAGAAGCCUGAGCUAGCACUCACUCGUCUGGAGGAGGAUGACACGACGUACCGACAAAUUUGUGUACGUGUUGUAAAAGGCCCGGCGAAAAAAAAAGUACUUGUAAAAGAUCAAUUUGAGUUAAAUUGGAAGUAACAAAGCUUAAUUAUUACUA